AUGCUCGGGACGCCACCCCUGAAGCAAGAAAGGCAGGUCUCGACACGUGCCAGCUCAGAGGAUGUCUCAAUUCCGGCGCCCAACACCGACUUGUCGCCCGGGCAUGGGGGUAUGCAUGUAUCCGGCGCGAAUGCGACCGAUGGAGAAGCUAUCACGAACCCCCUGGUGUCUGCCACUUCGUUCUAUCUUCAAGACACCCCUGGGCGAUACCGCUUUUGUGGGCCAUCAUCUACCUGGUCGUUCUCUCAACGUGUCUUUCUUUUACUAAAAACAGCGCUGCCCGAAUUUCCUGCCCCUGAACUGCCAUUUCACGUUGAUGGGACUACGUGGGAGUUAAACUGGGCACGAACAAGUUUAGAUAGUGAUCAGUUACUGGAAGGACUCCCAUCCCUCCAUGAUGCCCUAUAUCUUUUGGAGGUGGCCAAGUUCCAUUCCUACCAGAUGCUUUUUCUAUUUGACGAAGAGAAGUUCCUACCGCACCUACAUGAAUUUUACCAAAAAGGCCUCGAGAAAGCGAGGAGCUCGCCUCUUUGGUUCAUUCAAUAUCUACUAAUUAUUGCCCUUGCAAAACGCACCACUACUAAGUCAAGGAGUUCCAGCUCGCCACCAGGAUUUGUAUUCUUCGAGCGUGCCAUGUCUCUUAUGCCAGAUUGGGUUGGAUUGCACCGACGUCGUCCCAACCUGGGGAUGCAAAUCUUAUACUUGGCCGGGUUGUAUCUAGUAUCGGUGGAUAUGAAAGACGCCGCGUAUGCUUAUGUCGGCCAAUCAUUCCGGACUUGUAUCAUCGAGGGACUCCAGAAAGAGCCACCCAUCGAUCUCUUCGGCGUGAAGUUCGCAAACGAAGGUAGGAAUAUAUGGUGGACCACAUAUAUACUAGAUCGUCAGCUUUCAGUCAUGGUGGGCGCACCGUGCUCGAUUCAAGACAGCGAGAUCACCUGCUCCUUGCCUUCAUCUUAUGAUGCUUCGGAACGUGGGACGCUAUUGACAGUCCAUGUCAAGCUUUCUCGGAUUAUGGGGGAUAUUAUAGAAUCCGUUUACACAGCGGAUAGUAAACAACGGCGAUCAUUCAUCGCCACAGUUCAGUCGGUAUUAAGAGAUAUUGCAGAUAUUCUGCGGGAGAUCGAGACCGUCUCUGCCAGGACUGCGCAUCCCACCCUCCGCACAGUUUCUACUACGACCAACCACCUGUUUCUGUUGUACCACCAGUCUUCACUUGAAUCCUUCAUCCCAUUCAACCAAGACAACGCCUUCUUCUCUGCGUUUAUCGUCGUUCUCGCUUUUUUCAUCGAGCCGUCAUUAGUACCCGAUGUGGAAAAUUACAUCUCGACGGCCUCAUGGCUGCUGAAUGCCCAGAUUGCGAACGGAGACCUGGCAGCUAAACAACGGAGCAAAGAACUUGACCUCCUGCAGCGGAUGACACUAGAGAUUGUGCGCGUAGAGCAACAACAGCUCGGAGCCCACGAAGAUAUCGUAUCGCGUAAUGACCUAGAACAACGUCCCUCAACCCCAGACAACUUUGCUAGUUGGGCUGUUGACGUUGAGAACAUCGACAUAAACCAUACGCAGAUACUAGACCUGGCUGACCAAUUGGACGUCCUUCAAGAGAGUGUGUGGGGUACCAAUUUUGAAUUUGAGUAUAGCAAUAUGUGGAAUUAG